UCGGUCAAUCAGAAUCUCGAGAAUGGAUACGAUGAUUUGCGUACCAUAAUGGAUAGCUCCGGCGUGGAUGUGUGGACCCUUAUCGACACAGCAAUUGCUGUAGCUUCCAAAGAUUACGGCAGCGAUCUGAAGAAACACCGAGACGGUAUCGUUGAGCGUCUCUACACGGCAACUGCGACUUCUUCAGCUCCUACUGUAGCUUAUUUGGGUCUGAGUUGGUUGGUUUGUCUUGUACAGUCGAAAGAUAGCUUGGUUGGACUGCUUCAAGGUCUCGCAGACAUGGAUAUAACUUUCCAAGCUCUCAAGGAAACUGAUAUUGGGAGACAUGUUAAGUGA